GAAGAGAGAGAGAGACUUUGAAGUGCUUGGAAUUUAUAAACGUCAGCCAUUUUGUUCGGUAAUAAAAAAAAUUUUAUCCAACUUUGCAUUUUUAUUGCGUUGUGAUUGACAGUGAUUAAUUAAUUUUAAUAUUAUUAUAUAAAAAAAAACAAUUAUAAUCAAAUCACUCUCAUGAUUAUUUAUCAACUUGUCUAUAUUUAUUAAUAUUAACUUCGUAUAUUGUUUAAUUAGUUUUUUGAUUGAUAUUGAAAAUGUCAAACGGCAGUGGUGAUCACGAUGAUGAAGGCUAUGUAGUCAGAUUAAGAGGACUACCAUGGUCAACAACAGUCGAUGAGAUACUUAAAUUUUUUAGUGAUUGUAAAAUAUGCCAUGGAAAAGCUGGAAUUCAUAUGACAAUGUCUCGUGAAGGAAGACCAAGUGGUGAAGCUUACAUUGAAAUGGAGAGAGAAGAAGAUAUUGAAAAAGCUUGUAAACGUGAUAGAGAUCAUAUGGGCCAUCGUUACAUUGAAGUUUUCAAAGCUAAACGUGGAGAAAUGGAAUGGGUCGUUAAAAGAAGUGGAUUAAAUCUUGAAAAUGUUAUGGAUGAUGGUUGUGUUAGACUUCGUGGUCUACCAUUUGGAUGCUCCAAAGAAGAAAUUGCACAAUUUUUCUCAGGGUUGGAGAUAUUGCCGAACGGGAUUUCACUACCAACAGACUUCACGGGCCGCAGUACUGGGGAGGCUUAUGUUCAAUUUGUUAACAAAGAUGUCGCGGAACGCGCACUCCAGAAACACAAGGAAAAGAUAGGACACAGGUACAUUGAAAUAUUCCGAAGUAGUUUAUCUGAAGUACGUGCCAGCAUAGGACCAAAAAUGAGAUCUGGUGGUCCAAUGAAUAAUUUUAAUAUGAGACCAGCUCCAUAUGAUCACAGAGAUCGUUUUGGUGGAAUGAAUAGAUUCAACAAUAAUCCUAGAAAUUCUCGCAACAGAGAUUUUGACAAUGGACCAUGGGGAAAUUCCAAUAAUUUCGGACCAAGAGGAGGCGGUGGAGGUGGUGGUGGUGGUUGCGGCGGCGGUGGUGGUGGUCUCAAUAAUGGAGGUGGUGGAGGCGGAGGUGGAGGAGGUGGUAUGCGUGGUAAUAUGGAUAUGAAAGGACCAAAUUUCCGAGGUAACAACAAUGAUAACUGGGGUGGAAAUCCUGGUGGUAUACAUUGCAUCCACAUGCGUGGAUUACCUUUCAGAGCUACUGAACAAGACAUUGCUGAUUUCUUCAGGCCAAUUGUGCCAAUAAAUAUUCGUAUUAUUCUUGAGAAUAAUGGUCGUGCAUCUGGUGAAGCUGAUGUUGAAUUUGCAACUCAUGAAGAAGCUCUAAAAGCCAUGUCCAAGGAUAAAAGUCACAUGUCUCACAGAUACAUUGAAUUAUUUUUAAAUUCAACGGGUGGAUCUGGCCCAAUGUCUUUGGGUAAUUUGGGCAACUUUUGUGGUGGGUUAGGCAAUAACUUCAGGCCAGGAUAUUCUCCUAAUAAUCGAGGCUAUAAUAAUCAGCUUGGAGGAAAUAAUUAUAACAGUUUUUGAAACACAACUUCAUCUAUAUUCCGUUGCAACCAUUGAAGUAUUCAUAUGAGGAAGACAAAAAAUAAAGAUUAUGAUUUUCAAAUUUUUCAAUUCAUCAAUGAUAUUGUACAACUUAUCUUUCAUUUUUGUGCACUAAGUACUAGAAUAUAAAAUAAUUCAUUAUUAAUAAUACUCUUUAUGUAAGCGACAUUCAUGUAUAAUCGAGUGUGUUUCAAUAAUAAAUUACAUUUAUUGACGAAAAUAUUUAAUUAUAUGAA